AUGCCGAUCAAGUCACGGUGGUCGGAGCCGAUUCCGAACUGCUCUCUCCAGAAAUGGAUCUUCGGCUCUUCCUGCGCGCCCCUCUCCGACCGAAAGGCUUUCUAUGACGCCGACCGGCCAGAGACGCACUACCUGACCUUCGCCGACUACCGCCUCGUCGCAAAGCAGAUCGCCAUCGGCCUGCAAAAGGCCGGCCUCAAGCCAGGCGACCGCGUGCUCCUGUUCUCAGGGAAUAACCUUUUCUUCCCCGUCAUCUUCAUCGGCGUCCUCAUGGCCGGCGGUAUCUUCACUGGCGCCAACCCGACUUUCGUCCCUCGCGAACUCGCCUACCAGCUCAAAGACAGCGGGGCCGUCUUCAUGGUUGCUGCCGAGGGCAGCUUAGACACAGCUCUCGCUGCCGCCAAGGAGGUCCAGAUGCCAGCGAGCAACGUCUUUGUGUUCGAUACUACAAUCCCGGGCUCAUCGCAACCCGAGAAGCCCGCGCGGGGUGGUGCUCGUCACUGGACGGAGUUGAUUGCUCCAAAGGCCCAGGCAGAGAAGUUCGAGUGGGUUGAACCCGCGGAUGCGCGCACGACGACCUGCUGUCUGAACUACAGCUCCGGCACCACCGGUGUGCCGAAAGGCGUGGAGAUCACGCACUACAGUUACGUUGCCAACGGAUGCGGUGUCGUCAAGGUCUCGGCUUUGGAAGAGGAUCACGAGGCUUCAAUUGCUCGCUCCGUCGGGCUCUGCUUCCUGCCUCUAUAUCACGCAUAUGCUCAGACAUACUUCGUCGCCAACUUUGCCAAGCAAGGCAUUCCAGUCUACAUCAUGACGGGCUUCGACUUCGUCAAGAUGCUCACUUACAUCCAGCGCUACCGCGUCACCCAGCUCGUCAGCGUGCCACCCAUCUUGGUGGCCCUGACCAAGCACCCCAUCACCGCAAAAUUCGACCUGAGCAGUCUCGAGUCUGUCGGCUCCGGUGCUGCCCCGCUCGCCGAGGAUGUUGCACGACAGGCAGAGAAGCUACUAAAGAAGCCCGAUCUUAUCGUUCGUCAGGGUUGGGGCAUGACAGAGGUGACGUGCACAGCCAUGACAUGGGACCCCUCGCGGUUGGUGCGCAGUUCCUCCGUGGGCGAGCUCAUGCCAAACUACAUGGCGAAGCUCGUCGAUGAGAGCGGCAAGGAGAUUACCGAGCCCAAGGUACCCGGUGAACUCCUCGUCACCGGCCCCACGGUUAUGCGUGGCUACUGGCGCAACCCGAAGGCCACCCAGGAGACUAUUGACACCGAUUCAGAGGGCAACCGCUGGCUGCGGACCGGUGACAUUGCAUACGUCGACGAGUUCAAGACGGGAGGCCUGUUCUACAUCGUCGACCGCAAGAAAGAGCUUAUCAAGGUCAAGGGGAACCAGGUUGCUCCCGCAGAGCUUGAGGCUUUGCUCCUCGAGCGUCCAGAUAUCGCUGAUGUAGCCGUUAUCGGCGUCACCAUCAACGGUGAGGAGUUUCCGCGUGCGUACGUUGUUCGGUCGCCUGGAACCAACACCUCCGGCGAGGAAAUUGCGAAGUGGUUGGAGGAGAGGGUCGCUAAGCAUAAGCGCCUAAGGGGCGGCGUAGCGUUCACGGAUGUUAUCCCUAAGAACCCGUCUGGAAAGAUUUUGCGUAAGAUUCUCAGGGAGCAGGCCAAGAAAGAAGUAGGAGACGAGCCAUUGGCUAAAUUGUAA